UUGUUUUACAGGGCUGUACUUGAACACCAUAAUGCACUGAGUGAUUUCCCAAAACGGCAUAACCAAAAUUUGGUUAUAACUCUACCGGUCCCUUAAAAAAAUCUGGGUACUUAUCCUCAUCUUGGGUCAGAGGUCAGAGGUCAUUCGUAUCUGUUCCAGCCAAAAUAGUAAACAACAAAAAAAUAAGGCCAAGUCUGUCGUGGUCCCGUCUCUCAGACAUGAAACCUUUCGAAAGGGUGAUAUCUAUCAUGGAAACCUCAGAUUUCAUCAUUGAAGGCCUUUACCUGGGGCCAAUAUCCUCUGCAAAGAAUGAAAAAGACCUACGCUCUAAGAACAUCACUCAUGUUUUGUCACUACUUCAGAAACCACUUCAUGAGGCUGUAAGGCGCAAUAGAACUUUCAAGAAUCUGCCAGCCAUUGAUAUAGAGGGCUGCAACUUGUUACCUUUGCUAUCUGAAUGUUUUGCCUUCAUUGACCAAGCAAGGGAGAACCAUACAGGAGUACUGGUGCACUGCCAGAAAGGAAUGUCUCGCAGUGCCACAGUGGUGAUCGCUUACCUCAUGUACAAGUUCAACUUGAGCCUCAGAGCAGCAAGAGAGAAAGUUAGGUCAUGCCGGCCUAUCAUCUGCCCUAAUGCCGGAUUUGAGCAGCAGCUGCUGAGAUUUGAGGCCAUGAAGAGUAAAAUCAUCGGAGGCCAAAAUUUGGCGCCUGGUGCUGGACAAAUGAGAAAGCUCAACAAAAAGGAGAAGAAAGUGACUGAUCACGGAGCAGAAGCAGAAGAAAAAGAAGAAAAGGAAGAAGAGCAAGAGAGUCUAAGAGUCAUGGCGGAGGAAGCUUCAGAGCUACAGAAACCGGUUCAGGAGGAAGCAGAGUCUGUAUACAAGUGUAGAAAAUGCAGAGCAAUGCUUUUCCAUAAAAAAGAUCUGACUUGUCACAACGAAGGAGAUGGUGAAGCAGCAUUUGACUGGAGAAGCAAGAUACCAGCCAGUCAACGACCUGAAUCGUCAAAUCAUGAACAUGUCCCUGAGUGCAAGAUUUCUCUGUUUGUGGAAGUGUUGCCGUGGAUGGAGAAUGUUAGUUCUGAUUCUGGAAAGCUUCACUGCCCGAAAUGUUUUUGCAAGAUUGGUUCUUACGUUUGGCACGGUGAGAAAUGUCCAUGUGGUGCGUGGGUGACCCCAGCUUUUCACAUUGACAGCAAGAAAGUGGAUAACUUUCCCUCACAGUACGUUCUCCCCCUGAUGAACAAAGCUGAAUGUUCAGAUUUUUCAUCUGUGGACGAAGCAAAGUGUCCUGAUUUUUCACCAGCAAACGACUCAGAGUGUCGAGAUGUUUCAUCUGUGGACAAGGCAAGGUGUCGAAAUUUUUCGUCUGUGGACAAUGCUCAGUAUCCAGAUUUGUCACUUGUGGAUAAUGCACAGUGUCCAAAUUUUUCUACAAUGGACACUGCACAGGGCUCAGAUUCGACGCUUGAUAUCACCACCCCCAGUUUUCAGCAUCCUGAGACUGGGUUGUGCACAGCUCCUGGUUCAGAUGUUAGACAGACUUGAAAGUGAUCCAUAUGUCUGGACUCUAAAUGACAGAAGAAAACAGACAGACUAUGACACCACAUGAUAAUGCCACAUAAUAGAAUGUCACUUUUAAAAUGUUUCCAGUCGGCCUACAGAGCGUCUCAUAACACGGAGACUGCACUUUUAAAAGUCCAGAAUGACCUCCUUUGUGAAGCAGAUGAAGGCAAAGUGUCUGUUCUUGUCUUACUCGAUCUAAGUGCUGCAUACGAUACUAUCGAUCAUUCAAUUUUGAUCAGGAGGUUAGGCCAUAGCUCCGGCCUAUCCGGGACUGUUAUUGAAUGGUUUGAGUCCUAUUUGUUUAAUCGUACACGAGUCCUAUUUGUUUAAUCGUACACGAGUCUUAUUUGUUUAAUCGUACACGAGUCCUAUUUGUUUAAUUGUACACAGUCUGUACUUAUAAAUGGUGAAGUGUCGUCCAUUUUCAGCUUGCAAUUUGGCGUGCCCCAAGGGUCGUGCUCGGACCACUCUUACACUAUAUACAAAGCCCUUAGGUUCAAUAAUUAGGAAGCACGACGUUAACUACCACAUGUACGCGGACAACACUCAGCUGUACAAGUCUGUUUUACCAACAAAUUUCAAUUGUCUAGUUACCAGCAUGGAAAAAUGUAUUGUGGAGGUAAAAGACUGGAUGAUAUCAAACAGACUUAAAAUGAAUGGUGGAAAGACCAAAGUUCUGUUUUGCAAUGCCAAACCGGGGAUAUUGCUUUGUAAUUUUGACCAUACAUGUAUUGGGAAUGAUAACAUCUUUUUCACAGAUAAAGCGAAAAAUCCAGGCGUUUAUUUUGACUGCAAACUCUCUCUGCACCAUCAUAUAAAUCAUCUAUGUAAAGUAAUUUAUUUAGAACUACACAGAAUAGGACAAAUGUCAACAUAUCUUAGUGUUGAUUCCAUCAAAACCCUCAUCUCUUCUUUUGUCCUUU